UAAUUGAUCCCUACAACGCUCCAGGACAUUCAGCUAGAAGGUGGAUGGUCAUAGAGCGGUUUUUAGAGCAGAGCUGAGGGCUCUCUGAAGCUAUAGCAAUGUUUUCGUGGUUUAGAGGCCUAGGCUUCAGCUGGGGCCAGUACUUGGGUCAGGUGGGAGGCAGCUUGGCUUCCCCCACUGGCCAAGUCUCCAGCGGCACCAUAGAUAUGCCUGUGGAGGUCUCCAAAGCUGUGGAAGACAGUUCACUUCAUUGUCAAAGAAAAAAAAUCGAAACCACAGAAUCAAGGUUGAGAUCAGAGAAUACAAGACUUAAAAAGUAUUGUACUGAUCUGGAAAAAAAGGAUGAAGCAUCGCAGCUUCAAAUAAACCUUCAAUCUACAAGUUACCAAAAUCAGCUGCAACAGAAACAGGUAGACAUUGGCCAUCUUCAAGCAAGCCAGAUGGCACUACAGGAGCAGGUGUUGAACCUGCAGUCAGCUGCUCAAUCAGUACCUUCAGGAGCGGGUGGUGUACCAGCAACCAGCGCACCUUGUGAAGUUGGCCAUUGGAGGCGUAACACGCAGGUACAAGGAACAAAUGAUUCACAUCAAAAUGAAAUCAGCAAACUACACCAUACAAUUAAGGUACUGGAACAAAACCGAAGUCAGGACAUGGAUCAUCACCAACAUGAAAUGUCCAUUUUGCAGAAUGCACAUCAACAGAAACUGGCAGAGUUAAAUCACCAGCAUCAACAGGAGUCAAAUGACUAUGAAGGACGGAUCGCAGAACUUGAAAAGCUGUUACACCAAGGUGACUCAGGAGUUACAGUCACUGAUCAGUCUCAAGUCUGGGAGAUGCAAAACACUAUUCAGGUUCUACAAACUGAAAAACUAGAGUCCACAAGAAGAAUAAAAGAACUUGAGGAUACAAUCAAAGUCAUAAAGAAAAAAUUAUCUUCUGUAGAACACGACAGAGAUGUCCUGAAGAGAGAAAAGGAGCAGCUCAGUGUGGAAAAGAGACAAAUAAUUGAAGAGUGUGAAAACUUGAAAGUGCUAUGUAGUAAAUUGCAGCCUUCUGUGAUGGAGCAGAGUGAUCCUGCUGCAGAAAAGGGAAUAAUUUCUCCACAAAGUUCAUCAGUGGGAGAAGUGUUCAGACUCCAACAAGCCCUGUCUGAUGCUGAAAGAAUGAGACUGACUAAUUUAAGACAGGAUACCAGCCUUGCUGAAGACAAUCUGAAACUUCAAAUGCAUGUCCAAGUUUUAGAAAAAGAGAAGUCAUUAUUGAGUCAAGAAAAGGAAGAACUUCAGAUAUCACUUUGCAAACUGAGCUGGGAAUAUGAAGUCAUUAGAAGUGCUAAGGAGCAAGAGCUGUAUGAGAGUAUUAACGAAAAGCAAAUGCUGAUAGCUGAGUUACAAUAUUUGUACAAUGAACACCGGGAAGCCACAAAGCACAUGAAUUUGAUAAUAGAUGAGCUAUCAAAACAGCAAAAUGAAGGAGAUGGUCUAAUCAAGAAGUUGAAACAAGAUCUGGAUGAUGAAAAAGAGAGAGUUCAUCAACUUGAGAAGGAUAAAAUGGGCAUAAUUAAAGAGUUGCAUGUACAGAAAGAAAAGUUAACUCAGAGUGCACUGAGCCUCUGUGAUUUGCUUUUAACCAAGCAGAAGCUUGAAGUUAAAGUCAAAGAUUUAGUAGGUCAGCUACGUCAGUCACAAAAAUGUAGUUUAAACAUCCAGCAGGAAAACCUGGAACUUAAGGAAUACAUUAGCCAAAAGGAAGAGGAACUAUGUAGAGUUCAGAACGAGUUAAGAUGUGCUGUUAAUGAAGACUCUAAUUUUAAGGACGACUUGCUUAAAGAAGGAGAAGUCGAAAUUACUAACUUGAAGCAAAAUCUUGCAGAAGUAGAACAGCUCAAUGAAAAUUUAAAGAAAGUUGCUUUUGAUCUGAAAACGGAAAAUGACAAGUUGAUUUCAGCAUGUGAAGAUGUAAGGCAUCAGUUGGAAGAAUCUAUUGCUGGUAACAACCAAAUUUCUCUAGAAAAAGACACUAUUAUGGAGACUCUGAAAACAGAGAAAGAACAGAUACAAGUAGAACUAUAUCAGGCCAAAAAGAGACUGUUGGAAGAGGCAAACAAUUACAGGCAGACUAUUCAGGAACUCUCAAAUGCAUGUAGUUGGAAUACCUCUGCCUUACAGCUGGAACAGGAGCGUGUAGUGCAACUCCGUCAAGAGAAAGACUUUGAAAUAGCAGGACUCAAGAAGAAUAUUGAGCAAAUGGCUACUGAUCAAAAAGAAACUAAGGAAAUGUUGGCAUCUUGUUUAGAAGAACAGAAGCAAUUGAUGCAACUUGUAAAUGAGAAAGAAUUUUUUAUUGGUCACCUCAAACAAGAAAGUUCAGAAUUGCAAAAGGAUUUAGAUAAGUGUUCUCAGGCCUUAAAACAAGAUGAAACUUUAAGGCAGACCAUAGAGGCAAAAGACAGAAGUCUUAGCUCCAUGAAAGAAGAAAACAGACAUCUGCAAGCAGAAUUGGAAAGACUUAGGGAACAGCGGAAUCCACUUGGAGCUGUGGCAGAGCCUCAAACCCUCGAUAGUAUCACAGAACUAGAAUCUGAGGUAUCUCAACUGAAUAUCAUCAAGAAUCAUCUGGAAGAGGAAGUUACACAUCAUCAAAAGGUCAUUGAAGAU